AUGACAGAUUCACAUAAGUUCAGCAAGAAGCGGGACGCUACAAUUAGCUCGGACGCCGAGGAUGACUCAUUUGCAGCCAGCAGAACCCCGAGUAGAAGAGCCAGCAGCAUUUUCUCGCUCGAGGAUCCAGUUUUGGAACCACCUAACGAAAGUGACAUCAAGAAAUUCACAAGCGAUGAAUACCAUUUUAGUAUGAUCCGGAACUUGCAUUUGGCCGAUUUGAUAACUUUGAUGAAUGGGUUUAGUGGCUUUUACUCGAUCGUGAGUUGCCUACGCUUCACACUCACGGAAAAACCGCACUACGUGCAAAGAGCGCAUUUUUUCAUUUUGCUGGGCAUGUUUUUUGACCUUUUUGAUGGCAAAGUGGCACGUCUCAGAAAUCGUUCGUCACUAAUGGGUCAAGAGCUGGACUCGCUUGCCGAUUUGGUAUCGUUUGGCGUGGCACCCGCGUCUAUCGCGUUUGCCAUUGGUUUCCAGUCUACCCUGGAUGUCUUGAUGCUUUCGUUUUUCGUUCUGUGUGGUCUUACCAGGCUUGCCAGGUUUAACGUUACUGUGGCUCAACUUCCUAAGGACGUUUCGGGCAAAUCCAAGUAUUUCGAAGGUCUGCCCAUCCCAACUUCGCUAUUCUUGGUGGGCUCGAUGGCGUAUCUUGUGCAUCGUGGCUUGAUCCUGGAUAAUUUGCCACUGGGAACAUUUGCGAAAGGUGAGUGGUAUGAGUUCCACCCCAUCGUGACUGUCUUUUUCAUUCAAGGGUGUGGUAUGAUUUCCAAGAGCUUGAAGAUUCCUAAACUGUGA